AUUGGUGUUUUUUGUAUGAAUAAUUUGUAUGAGAAAAUUGAUGUUAAACUUUUAUUUUGAAAAAAUACUUGUUAUUGUAAAUUUUUUACCACAAAAAUCCAUGGGUACCCAUGAACACGCGGAUACCCAGUGGGUUGGGUUUAAGUUUUUAAAACCCAGCGGGUUUUACCCCUGUUUUUUUUGGCGGAUAAACCCAUGGGUUUGGGUUUGACAAAACCCGCCCCAUCCCGACCCAUUGCCAUCCCUACUGCCAACCCACAGCUUCCUCCCUAGGGGCCCACUAUGGAGUACUUCUAUAUUCUACGGAUCGCAGAUAUCCGCCCCUUCAUCCAGUUUGCCCAUCCCUGCCAACAACUUCGAGAUCAAGCCAUGCUGGAUCCAGUUGAUUACAUCCUACAUCCAGUUCCAUGGGCUCAAGGAUGAAGAAGCGAGGGUGCAUCUUUCUAGAUUCUUGCAACUGACCAAUGGGUCAAGCUAAACGGUGUCCCAGAUGACGCGAUCCGUCUUCACCUCUUCCCCCACUCCCUGGCGGGGAAUGCGAAGAGGUGGCUAGAGACUCAGCCACCAUUGUCCAUCACUUCUUGGGAUGAUCUGGCCAACAAGUUCGUACACAGGUACUAUCCGGCCUCUUAGCCUCAGAGAUUCAACAGGAGAUCACUCAUUUCCGCCAAGAAGAUGAUGAAUAGUUGCGAGAUGCUUGGGAGCGGUACUCGGGUCUGUUCUGGAAGUGUCCCCAUCACGGCUUUGGUGAUGCAUUCACUAUGGGGAAUUUCUAUAGUGCUCUGUCUCCGGAGAGUCAGAGAUUGAUUGAGUCUUUAUGUCCGAGUGGAGACAUUCUCACUAAGACUCCACACGAGCUGAAUAAGAUGAUCACUACUUUGACCGCCAGAGAUCAUUCUUGGGGGCAGAUCACCAGAGGUAGGAACUCUCGCGACAGAGGUGUGCAUGCCAUGGAGGCAAGGUUAGGGCUUGAGCGAGAGGUAGCAGAGUUGGUUCAGACAUUGAAGCAGCCUAACAGUCUCAUUCCAGGCAGAGGCAUGGCCGCACCUCCUGUAGCACAGUGCCAGUGGUGUGAGUGUUCGAACCACUUGGUGGUGGAUUGUCAGACUAUGCGGGAGUCCUCCACACCCCAGGAGUAGUUGGACUUUAUCGCCAAUGCUCGGCGCCUUGACCCCUAUAGUGGUACCUAUAAUGAGGGGUGGUGCCAACAUCUCAAUUUCACCUAGGGGGAGAAGAGGGCAACAACAACAGCAUCACCAAGCCUCCCAGUUUCACAACACCACCUGGUUGUUUACAACAGAGGCAGCAGUACCAGACUUGACAGGGUCCAUUUCUGCAGCAGCAGCCGUUUCAGCCCAAACAGGGGCAUCCUUCCAGCAGAAACAGAGGAAAUUUGCCUAGCCGGCAUCAGCCCUAGCACAGGGUGACCAGAUGUCGGAGCUGAAAAACAUGGUGACGACUUUCGUGAGCACUAGUACAGAGAAGUUCGCUAGGAUGGACCAGUUCAUGGAAUUCUCUAUGGGGAAAUGCAAUGCACUGGAGGCAGGCCAGAGAAACCAGAGUGCUAUUUUGCAGGACCUCCAGAACCAAAUUGGAGGAAUCGCUCAUAGCAAUAACACCAGGGUACCGGGAACUCUACCUGGCAACACCAUCCCAAAUCCUCACGAGCCUCACCAGCAGUUAGAUGCAAUCACUACUGGAAGUGGCAAGACGACGUCUACUAUACCUGCUCUGGCCAGACAGGAGGAACCAACACCUGCUCCAGUACUUCCAGCUGAAGAUGAAGAGGUGGGGAUAGAGAAGGAAGAACUUGCUCCCAAGCCACAACAAGUGGUUAAGGAGCAUGUUCCCCAGCUUCCCUUCCCCACUCGUAUGCACAAGGACAAGCUGGAGACUGAGUUUGCCAAAUUCAUGGCAAUGUUGAAGCAGGUCAACAUCAGCAUGCCGUUCAUGGAGGCACUGUCGAAGAUGCCCAAGUAAGCAAAAUUCACGAAGGAUCUCCUCACUAACAAAAAGAAACUUGGGGAUCUCUCGACAGUGAUGCUGAGCGAGGAGUGUUCUGCAAUCCUGCAGAACAAGUUGCCAAAGAAGCGCAAAGACCCAGGGAGUUUUACUAUCCCUCUUGUUAUUAGCAGCAUGCAUGUAGAAAAGUCAUUGGCGGACCAAGGUGCUAGCAUCAAUGUCAUGCCUUAUAAACUGUUUAAGAAGCUAGGCCUAGGUGAACCUAGAACCACUAGGAUGAGUAUUCAGUUAGUUGAUCGGUCAAUUGUGCAUCCUAGGGGUAUCAUAGAGGACUUGAUUCUUAAUGUGGGUGCAUUCACAUAUCCUGUUGAUUUUGUUAUCUUGGAUAUAAAUGAGGAUGUGGAUGUGCCUAUGAUUUUGGGUAGACCAUUUCUCGACACCGCCAAGGCGUUGAUUGCAUAGUGGCAAGUUAAUUUUGUGGGCUCAGGGCUGGGGAUGAACAAGCUACAUUUUAUGUGUCUGAUAAUGCAAAACAUUCCCAUAUGCAUGAUGACUUGGAUUACUGUGACAUGCUUGCUGAUUUUGAAACCACACUUGCCAUCACGAGUGCGGGUACUGACAAUGCCCUUGAAGCUACUAUUCUCGACUUGGUAGCCAAAAUUACUCGGCAAAGCAACUCCAACAAGUAAUUUCACUUGAUUGUUUGGAUGGUGAGGUAGAAAGGUUUGUGAUGCCAUAUAUGUGUUUAUGUACUAACAUGUGAGUGGCGUGGUGGACUGCUGCAUUUGGGUGGAGAAGCUACAGAGGGCCUGGUGCUUGUUUUUUAUGCUUGUUUUGGGUGGAGAAGCAUUAUGUGUUGAUGCUUGUUUUUGGGGUAGAAGGGUUAGGCUGUUAAACUGAACUAUUAGCAUAUAUUGGCUCUUCUGUGAACGGAUAUUGCUAGAUAUUAGCUCUUCUAUAAGUUUAGGAUAAUGGAUUCACUCAUGAGCAGAAUAUAUUGAAUAUUUUGUAGUAGCAGAUUUGGGCUCUUUUGUGGAAUGAAUAAAAAUGGACUUUGUUCUGUCAAACAGCUAUUGAUGUACCUCAGAUGAUAGAAUUAUAUUUUUUCACAUGAUUUUUUCCCUAUAACCUAAUUUAAAAUGACAAAAUGUGGGCAAACAAUUCGUCAAAACAGGUUAGAGCAAAUUGUGACAAAUAUGCUUUGUCAUAAUACUAGUUAAAACUGUGACAAAAAAUAACUUUGUGACAAAAAAUGCGACCAUCUAUAUCAUUAUAACCUACACAUUUGUCACAAACGGUGCCCAUAAAUCACGUAUAGUGUGACGAAAUAGAACUGCGUUGUGGCAAAGAUAUCACCUUGUUGUUACAAAUUAUUGUCACAAUGACGUCCUAUUCUGACGUAAUGUUUUGGGCACAAUACAGGAAACAUUGUUGUGAUGUAACGUAAAAUAGUUUGUCACACUAGAUCUAAUACGACUGGGCUCUUGCAACGAAACUUUGUGACAAAGGAUUUUGUCACAAUAGUCAUAUUUUGACAAAGUUGCCAGUUAUUGUGACAAAAACUAUCUGUCAUAAUAGGCAUAUUUGUUGUAGUGACGAUCGCAGCCGUAAACUUGGUAUCCCUCGGCAGAGAACUUAUGCUUUUGCCUUCUUUCCUACUUUACUUCAAUUGAAGUGUUAAAGUGACCGGAUUAACUCCAAAUUGAUCCCCGAUUGAUUGUAGACGAGUAAAAGACCUGGAAUAUCAUCAAAAACACAAAGCAAGCGUAAAAUAUGACAAAUUGAGGAUAAACAAAUGACUAAGUGAUGCUAUUUUCCCAUAAAAGCCUUCAUAUCAAAAUAACCCAUGCUAAAGCUAUUGAUUUACAAAUAGGAAGGAAAAUUAGCAUAAAUUAGCUUGCAACGU